AUGGUAUCAAUGUGGAUAUGGGAUACAGUAUCACUAAUAGCCUUAAAGUGUCGAUUUCUUGUGUGUUCGCAUAGUGUCCAUGGCGCGUAUGUUCUUUUAUAAUAAUCUUUCCAUUUUACCAAGGUCCACGUGUUGAUUAUCGGUGUUGACAGUUCACUGUGCAGGUCAGAUCGAUAUGCCACAUGUGGUACAUCGAACCGUCUCUCGCGUUGCCACGUUGAAGAUACAAAGGGAGGGAAGCGGAUUUUUAAUUCGUAAAGUUAUUGGAGGCAUCAUAGACACAUGCGAUCCUUUUCUUCUUCUAGAUCACAUCGGUCCAGUUACUUACCAACCGGGCGAAGCCGUAGGAGCGCCCGACCACCCUCAUCGUGGUUUCGAAACUGUUACCUAUGUUAUAGAAGGUGGAGUCAAGCACGAAGAUUCUGCGGGUAACAAAGGGGAGCUUCGUAAUGGAUGGCUACAGUGGAUGAGAGCCGGAAGAGGUGUGGUACACAGCGAGAUGCCCACCGACGAGUUAGUGAGAGACGGAGGUGUUUGGGAAGGGUUCCAACUCUGGAUUAACCUUCCAGCUAAAGAUAAGAUGAUGGAACCUUGCUAUCAAGACAUACCACCGGAAGCCGUUCCUAUGAUAAUCGACGAAGAAAAUGGCGCCACAGUUAAGGUCAUAGCGGGAGAAUGUCGAGGUUCGAAGGGUUGUGUGACGACAAGAACACCCAUAUUACUAUUAAGCAUCCACUUAAUUCCCGGAGGGGUAUUCACUCACGAAAUUAACCCUUCUCACAAUGCUUUUGCCUACGUCUGGAGAGGUUCGGGUUUCUUGGGCCACGAUUUGAAACCCGCUAAAACGGGAACGGUGGGUCUACUGGGUUCCGAAGGUAAUUCAUUUUUAAUGAAAGCCGACGACGAAGAAGAAUGUCACUUACUCUUAGCGGCCGGUCAACCCCUAAACGAACCCGUGGUCAAGUAUGGUCCUUUCGUCAUGAAUACCGAAGAAGAAAUACAAGAGGCCAUCGCGGAUUACAGAGAAGGCCGUUUGGGUUUCGUUCGUCCGCCGGCAGAUGGCGCCAGCGGCGGGCCAAUGGAUUUAUCGGAAGACAGUUGCACGAUAAGAGGAACGAUGGACGACGACGAAGGACAGCAAUGAUGACGAACAAAGAAAAAAAAAAGCCUUUUUAAAGCUCCUCGUGUCGUAUUUUUUCUUCUUCCACUUCUUUUAAGCUGCGCACCCGACUCCAGACUUUUAUUGGAAUUUCUCUUUCUUAUCGUCUCGAUAUUUUCCGCUUCGAAAGAUGUCAAAUUUAAAUGGGAAUAGGGAAAUAGAUAGUCGAAACACGUGGAAAUCCGAUGAAUAACGUUAAAUCUAUCGUUCGAAAAAUUUUAAAAAUGUUAACCGUCGAAUUUAACGUUAGACACGUGGAAUUUUUAAUUAAAGAACACGUGUUCGGAUGGCAUAUUUUGAGCCUAUACUAACGAAAAUCGAAAAAUCUAUUUUACUUAUUGUUUCGGGUAUUCCUCGCACAGAAAAAUAGCGAUUUUUACCUAACAUUUUAGUAAAAGAAAAAAAAUUGUUGGCUAGAACACCCCGGGUGAAGGUUUUCUAGUAAAUUACGGUCGGGUGAAAAAUUGUAAAUUUAGGAAUAAAAUCUAAAUAUAGAAAAAAAAUCUGAUAAAUGAUGCGGGCAUGGGCUUAGAAGAGUUGAUUUUUUUUGUAUUCGAGAAAUGCAGAGAUCUUGAUCUAUGACGAAACUGAAUAUAAGUAUUUUAUAUUCGGCUGGAAGUUGCCUUAUGGUGAUGACGGCAGGAAAUGAGUGUACCGGUUGCCUUUGUACUGCCGAUACCAGAAAUGAUUGCUACUGUCGCGUGUCAGCUGUUAUAGAUUGAAGAGCGGGUGAAACGGAGCGCGCGUGGCCAGAAUCGAGCGAAUGCUCCGUUAUAGACUGUGUGACGUCGACGCCGUUAGUGACAAAAAGUCGAAUCGUUUAACACGUAAUUAUAGACCGAAACAUCUGGAAGAUUGUGUGAAAAAAACAAAAAAGAUCCAGCAAUCUGAGUUUAUGGAAACGGAUCGCGACCUCCACAACGAAAAGAAAAGAAUUAUUGAUAUUUUUUCCAAUUUGUUUGUAAACACUGGAUAAAACGUGUAUCGUUUAUGUAAUAAAGCUUACCGCAAUGUUGUUCUGUGCUUCGACAUAUUAAAUGUUACGAACAAAAAUAAAAGUAAUAUAUUAUUCUAA